UCCUUCAAGGCCGACCACACGGUCUCCUUCUCACUUGGACGUGUUCCUCGGACUGACAGGUUGAGGUCCUGGUCUGGCGGCCAACUGGUCCAACAUGCACCUCAGCAAGGACGAGAGGCUGGAGUUGGGUCUGAAGGAGGAGUCUCCGGACAACCUGGUCUUCGGGGUCAAAAGCACAAAUGAGCAGCCGGGCGUGCUGACGGGGGAGGGGCACACGCAGGCCCAGCAGGACUCUGCGGACUCGGGUGUGGACCUGGUCUACUCCCUCAACGACCGUCCGCCCUGGUACCUCUGCAUCCUGCUGGGGUUUCAGCAUUACGUGCUGGCGUUUGGCGGCAUCAUCGCCAUCCCGCUCAUCUUGGCCGAGCCGCUGUGCAUCGGAGACAACAACCUGGCCAAGAGCCAGCUCAUCUGCACCAUCUUCUUCGUGUCGGGCCUCAGCACGCUGCUGCAGACCGCCAUCGGCGUCAGGCUGCCCAUCCUCCAGGGCGGGACCUUCAGCUUCAUCACCCCCACCAUCGCCAUUCUGUCUCUGCCCAGGUGGCAGUGUCCGGGCCCCCGGGGGCCUAGCGCCUCGUCCCUGCAGAAUAGCAGCGGCCCUCUGGGGGCGGACGGCGGCGAGGAGGUGUGGAUGUCACGAAUGCGGGAGAUCCAAGGAGCCAUCUUGGUGUCUUCCUUGGCUCAGAUCCUGCUGGGCUUGACGGGCCUGGUGGGUUUGGUUCUGAAGUACAUCGGACCGUUGUCCAUCGCUCCCACCAUCAGCCUCAUCGGCCUGUCUCUCUUCAUCGAGGCGGGCAAGAAGUCUGGCACCCACUGGGGCAUCGCCGCUCUCACGGUGUGUCUCAUUCUGCUCUUCUCGCAGUACCUCAGCAAGGUGGACGUCCCUCUGGUGGCCUACAAGGACAAGAAGUGGAAGGUCUUCCACUACCCUCUCUUCAAGCUCUUCUCAGCUCUGCUGGGGAUGUGCGGCAGCUGGCUGUUCUGCUACCUGCUGACCGUCUGCCAGGUGCUUCCCUCUGAGGCGGACCAUUAUGGCUUCUUGGCCAGGACCGACAUCAACACGGACGCCAUCACCACCUCACCCUGGUUCCACAUCCCAUACCCAGGUCAGUGGGGUUUGCCCACAGUGAGCGUGUCGUCAGUGUUGGGCAUGAUGGCGGGCGUCCUGGCCUCCACCAUGGAAUCCAUCGGCGACUACUACGCCUGCGCUCGACUGUCGGGCGCCCCGCCCCCGCCUACCCACGCCAUCAACCGCGGCAUCGCCGUGGAGGGCCUGGGCUGCAUCCUGGCCGGCCUGUGGGGGACCGGGAACGGAACCACGUCCUACAGCCAGAACAUCGCUGCGCUCGGCAUCACCAAGGUUGGCAGCAGGCUGGUCCUUCAGACGGCUGGAAUUCUUAUGAUCGUCCUGGGAAUCUUUGGGAAGUUUGGAGCCGUUUUUAUCACCAUCCCAGAUCCCGUUAUUGGCGGCAUGUUUCUUAUUAUGUUUGGAAUGAUCGCGGCUGUGGGAAUAUCCAACCUACAGUAUGUGGACCUCAACUCGUCUCGCAACCUGCUCAUCCUGGGCUUCUCCACCUUCAGCGGCCUGGUGCUGCCCACCUGGUUCCACUCCAACCCGGGAAUCAUCGACACAGGAGUGAAGGAGUUGGACCAGGUGAUCGUGGUGCUCUUCACUACUCACAUGUUCAUUGGAGGCUUCUUGGGCUUCAUCCUGGACAACACCAUCCCAGGCUCGCCCGAGGAGCGAGGUCUUCGCAAGUGGCAGCACGCAGCACAAGAUGGCCGCCAGGUCACAUGUGACUUGACAUGUUACGACAUUCCUUACUGCAACCUCCUGUGGAAACGUUCCCGCCUUUUCCAGUACCUCCCCUUCCUCCCGUCCUACAGGAGGCAGCAGUAGGGGGUGCCUCUGCUGCACUUGAACGCACCGUUGUUUACAAGCACCUCAAACAUGGUCAACAAUCACUCACCUCAUCGAUACAACACCUGUGCUAACGAGCUUGCUUUUUAAGUUCGUUAAGUGUUUUUGUACUUACAUCUUGGAAAAAGGUUUAAAAAAAUAACUGCAAGAACUUGAAAACUUUUUGGUUAUCAUUUAAAAAACAAUGUUUUCCCCCAAAAUCAUCCAAAUUCCCCUCUCGAUAUUGAUAUCAAAUAUCAGUCUGAUAUCGUCCAAAUACCAAGCUUGUGAUGAUAGGAGCUAGCAAGUGAAAUGUAUGAUACCAUGUGCGAUACAAGCAGUCCUGUAGCAUGUUUAUCAUGUGCGAUACAAGUAGUCCUGCAGUGUCUUUACUUUUGUGUAAUAUCAUGUGUUAUACAAGCAGUCCUGUAACGUGUUUACCUGAGUGUAUAUCAUGUGCGAUACAAGCAGUCCUGUAGUGUGUUUACUUGUGUGAUAUCAUGUGCGAUAAAAGCAGUCCUGGAGCGUGUUUACUUGUGUGUGAUAUCAUGUGCGAUACCAGCAGUCCUGCAGCGUGUUUUCUUGUGUGUGAUAUCAUGUGUGAUACAAGCACUCUUUGAACUUCUUUACUUGUUUGUGAUAUCAUGAGUGAUACAAGCAGUCCUGUAGCGUGUUUACUUCUUUGUGAUAUCAUGUGCGAUACAAGCAGUACUGCAGCAUGUUUUCUUGUGUGUGAUCUAGUGUGAUACAAGCACUCCUUUAACUUCUUUACUUGUAUGUGAUAUCAUGUGCGAAACAAGUAGUCCUGCAGCGUUUUUUUUCUUGUGUGUGAUAUCGUGCGAUACAAGCAGUCCUGCAGCAUGUUUACUUGUUUGUGAUAUCAUGUUCGAUACAAGCAGUCCUGUAGCAUGUUUACUUGUGUGGGAUUUCAUGUGCGAUACAAGCAGUCCUGGAGCGUGUUUACUUGUGUCUGAUAUCAGAUGCAAUACAAGCAGUCCUUUAGCGUGUUUUCUUGUGUGUAAUAUCAUGUGUGAUAUAAGCAGUCCUGCAGAUUGUUUACUGUCUGUGAUAUCAUGUGCGAUACAAGCAGUCCUGGAGCUUGGUUACUUGUGUGUGAUAUCAUUUGUGAUAUAAGCAGUCCUGGAGUUUGGUUACUUGUGUGUGAUAUCAUGUGCGAUACAGGCAGUCUUGGAGAUUGUUCACGUGUGUAAGAUUUUAUCUGCGAUACAAGCUGUCCUGCAGAUUGUUUACUUGUGUGUGGGAUCAUGUGUGAUGCAAUCAGUCCAGCAUUGUGUUUACUUGUCUGAUAUCAUGUGCUAUACAAGCAGUCCUGGAGCUUGUUUAGGUGAGUGUGAUAUCAUGUGCGAUACAAGCAGUCCUGCAGACUGUUAACGCAUGUGUGACAUCAUGUGUGAUACAAGCAGUCCUGCAGAAUGUUUACUCGUGUGUGAUAUCAUGUGCGGUAUAAGCAGUCCUGCAGCGUGUAUACUUGUGUGUGAUAUCAUGUGCAAUAUAAGCAGAGUGUUUACUUGUUUGUGAUAUCAUAUGAAAUACAAGAGGAGUGUUUA